CUGUAGUGGGUAUUUUGGUUCAUUGCCUGAGACUAUCAUAAUAGACUCCUAGGUUUACCCCUUUACCGUAACUUCAACGUCCUUCCUUGUUGAGUAAAUAAGGGGUUAAACAACUUUUUCUACCCUGACAGUAAAAAGUGUGUAAUUUUGGGAGGGAUUCGAUGAUUUCCUCCUUUAGCUUACAUUCGAUAUUACAAAAACCCUACAACUAUUUUGCAAGGUGAAAGGAGGAUUUUAACCAUAAAUGACUCUGAUUAAUGUUAUCAUUAUGGCCAGGACUAUUUACGACAAAAAUGAACAACAACAAAUGAAGAGUUCUGUAUAGAGGGAGAUCAUUUAUCCAGAUUCCACAACCGUACUCAAUCCCAACCUCCUUUUUUAUCAGGAAUUCUCCUGGCCCUAAAUGAUAAUAGUGUUUAUGUUUAUAGUGAUCAUUUUGCAAUGGCAAAUGUUAUACUAGGUUAUUCACCUCUUUGUUCCCAGAUAAGUAUAUGAGCAAAUAUCGCAUGCACAGUCACUAUCAGGAAACUGCUCGGCUUUCACUGGAGGAUUUCGACAAUUACAGUAGAGGGAGGAUCGAGAGGAGGUGGCAGACUAAAAAAACAGAAUAUAUGACUGAUGUGAUGUGAGAGAAACUCUGAAAGAACAAGCAAGACUUCAGCAAAGGUAGUACAACACCACAUUUAGUCAAAUGGAGCAGACUUUUCUCUUGGUUUUACAUGUAGUCUUAUGGCCAACUCUUGCAGCCUUGUUCACAGUGGAGGUGGACAGUCUCUCACAUGUGGCAGAGUUCUACGGUGAUGUCACCAUGGGCUGCAGGUUCCAACCUGGGAGCUGGGACCCGAACCUGUCAGUGAUAUGGCAACGGGUCCAGCCUCUUCCAGAUGUAGAGGUGUACAGGCUGGAUAACGGACAGGAGAACCUCACUUCUCAGAAUUUCCAGUACCGCGGCAGGGCACGGUUGGUGUCGGAGGAGCUGACCAAUGGCUGGGCCAAGCUACAUGUGUCCAGGCUGAGGAUCAACGACUCUGGGGUGUACAGAUGUCUUGUGGAAAUGGGGGGAGCUGAUUAUAAACAGACCACUUUGACUGUCAAAGCUACCUAUAAGACUAUCAUUAAAAGCAUGCAGAGACGUGGGGGAGGUGAGGUGGAGCUGGCCUGUGAGUCUGAGGGCUAUCCUCUUGCCACAAUCAACUGGAGAGACAAGAGUCUCAGGAACAUCAAAUCCAACGACACCGUUGUGAAAACUCCAAACCAGCUUUUCCAUGUCACCAGCAAAAUAACGGUCAAAUACUCUGAGAAAAACAACUAUACAUGUGCCUUCGUGGAGAAAGGGGAAGCUCCAAAGGGUCCAUCAGCCAGGUUUGACAUCCCAGAUGAAAUACCUGUGAUUGAGAGUAAACCUAACACCCUUUCUAUUGUAUUGGGCACGACAUUGACGGUGGCUAUGAUCAUUGUAGCUACCAUCUUCGGGUAUCGCAGACAGAAAGGUAGGCUCAGGACCCUCAAACUCUAACACCCUCCUGGGCUCAACAGAGACGUGACCUCUGACCUGCCUGGACCCCUUGCGGCAGCUCCAACUGGUCCUGGUGAUAGACUGUUUGUGACUGUCAGUGACCUGUACCAGGAGGCAACAGAGAAAGACACUCCUCACUGAGACUGUAAACUCUGCCAUGAGAGGACUGAGAACACAAAAGACUCAUGGACACACAUACACUCACAUUGACUCUGUCAAUGAAAAGUUUAAUUGUGUUACAUUUUCUGUUAACUAAAUGUGAUGCAUCCGGUUAGCGUCUCCACUCACUAACAAAUAUGUUAAUGAGAGGAAGCCCAGUUGCCGGCAGUGGGAGAAGAUGGAGAGAGAUGGAUUUUGGCCGACAUAUGCUAAUUUUCUCAUCGAUUAAACAGUUGAUCUCCAUACA